AUGGGUAAACAAUAUAUAUCUACAGUCAGUGCUGCCCAGGCUCACUCCCUGGACAUAACAGACUUGACGAUUGUCAAUAAAUUCACCAUAACUGUCUCUAGUGAUGGAUACGCCAACUUUUGGGACAACAAGCAAGAUGAAGUUCAUGAUCCAAAGCAGUUUGUUCAUAAGGAACUUAUAAAUGAACUUGGUGUCCACCAUGUGGCUAGCUAUGAAAACAAUUUGCCCUCAUCCAGCAUAAGAAUAGUAUUUUUGGCCUUUGCUAGCUUUGAUGGAAGCGUAGUCUUCAAAUACUACAUUAACGAUGACAUAUCCACUUUAAAGUCGUUCGAACCUGUGAAGCCAGUGACCAAUUCCUGGGCACCUGUGUUUCAUAAAGAUCCUGAAUCGAAGCAAGACUACUUCAUCUGUACUAAGGCGGAUGGUACAACCACAGUGUAUUCAUUCACUGUGGCAGCCCAUGAAGACGAUGUUAGUGUUGAUAUCACCUUGGAAAAAUUUGGUGAUUUGGAUGCGAACGCCUCUUCAUUCCCUACAUCCAUAGCUGUGUCAGAAACGAUUGACAAAAAAGUGGCCAUUGGUUAUGCUAAUGGUGAUGUUUUGUUGUACGACCUUUUAUCAUUGAAAACCGUCUACACUUUUCACUCCACCGAUUUACAGAUUUCCCAUAAAUCUAAGACUUCCAGAUCUAUUCCUAGGGUUUUAAGAUUCUCUCCUGGAGGAACAAUAUUGGCGAUUGCUAGGGAUAACCAAUCUUCAGGAUCAAUCACUUUAUACGACGUUCAAUUUGGAGAGAAUAUUGGCUCUUUAACUACCCCAAGUCAUUCAGCCAAAAGCACUAUUGGAGGCUUUGCCCACGAAGGAUGGAUUAUGGGAUUGAGUUUUGAUGAAGAAGGUAAAAACUUGGCAAGUUGUGGAUUUGAUAAAUGUGUCAGGGUUUGGAACUUAGAUACUAGAGAAAGGGAGUCUACUAUUACCGUUUCAAUUAGCGACCUAGAGGAUACGGAACACGAUGAGUUCGAUAAAACAGUAUUAAGCGGAGUUGAGUUUAUCAAGAAAAAGGUUAGAGGAGGUGCAGGUGGGGACACUAACGAAGGUUUGUGUGUAAUUAGUUUUGAUAGAGGUAUUAGAUGGUACAGGGAAGCGGGUGGUAUCUAG